UUGCACACAAGGCCACACAGACUUGGUAUUUACAUACACGAUAACAUACGGAUAAUUGGUCGAGUCUUUUCCACUGAUUGUGUCCACGUGACUGGGCAGCUAGGUUGAAGGCUGUUCCGAUCGACAAAAGCAGUAUUGUACAGCUUAAGCUUCGGUCUGGCAUGAUCACCGGAGAAGUUGGAAUGGAACAGACAUUUAAUCACGUGCUCCGCCUAUCCCACUGAACAAAGGUUAUCCUGUUUUGUUGUUCUGUCCAUAUAAAUACUAAGGGUUGGUGCCGUUUGUAAUAGCCUACUGCUCAAUCAGAAUAAAAAGUAGAAUUGCAUGAAAGGGGCGGGUGGGGGACUUACUAUUGCAUGGCCACAGUUGUUUUCCCCCCCUCUUCCAUUUGCUGUACAAUUUUGGGUUAACGUCACUCCCUAAACCAUUGCAAGGUCGUAGGUUGCUUGUUGGGUCUGCAUAUUUGAUUUGGUCUACAAUUCGGGUUGUAUAAUAGCACCCCCUCACACAUAAGGGAUUCACAAGGAGUGGAUGUAAUAAAUAAAUAAAAUGUAUGCAUAUUACGUCACUGGUGCGAGCUCAUUUCCCAUCCCCCACAUCCCGUGACCCGAUGCGCUCAGUCGAAAAUAUUGCAAAGGAAAGAGUUGUGCUGAUCUACGAGGGGUAAUAUUCGUUUGAGAAAACGACAACUAAUACAAACAACGCCUCCCUGAAUUCACGAAAGAGAGUUUAACAUCAUCUUAGUGUGUUUUUUUCUGCAUUGGGCGUGGCAAAGUCUAGAGGAAAUCCCAACGAUAAUAAUGUUAUAAAAGUAUCCUCGGUUCAUUAUCGAAGCCAUACAUCGAAAAGGGGUAUUUGGACAAAUGUAUGUUGUCAUCCGAAGUUUCAAGAUGUAAGAUAAUAAGUCUGUGUGGUUGUCGCGAAGAGAAGACACGCUCCUUCGGAUUUCCAAACGUUGACUGGCGCACGUAACCUUCUCCGACCAGUGCCACUGCAACAAAUGACGUGGUCGGUUUUGCAUCAACCAAUAGCAUUACCCGUAGGAUCCGCGUGACAUAAGACUAAUACAAGUAACCAAUCGUUGCCUGUGUACAUUGUAUCCAUUCAUGCUCAUUUUCACCUCGCGUCCUUCUUCAACGUGGGAAUGAAACUUGGCGUGAAUUAAUUAAUUUUCUAUUCUUACCUUUGCAUGUAUAGCCUACUACGACAGCCAUGGACUAAAUUCAGAUAUGUUAGAUAAACUUAUUCGUCUAUAUUUUUGUAAUGAACAAGAAAAACACUGCAGACACACACAGAACACAGCUAAAACACCCAGAAGUAGGCUAAUAUAGACCUUAUUGGCAUUUCCCAGUGUCGGUUUAGGUCUGUAUUAUAUCAGCUGCUGUAUACUGGUCAAAGGAGGGAUAAAUGAUGGGAAAAGAACCAUGCACGCUGCAGGUUAAUUUCUGUGGCCAAUCGUGGGGUAGAUCCCACAAGAGCGACAUCUCAUAUUCCAUUCAUAGCACAGUAAGGUGGGGCUGACCCUACCUCUAAUGUCGUAGUCCCUGGUAUGGGGCUCCGGAAACCCCGUGUGCUAGCAUGAACUAUCUUGAUAGCUAUGGCUAGCUAAUGCAAGUUCCCUUUGCGCUGAAUAGAAAACCAUAUGCAUCACACAUUUAGAAGAAAAUAGAAUCCCCCAAUGAAGGAAAGUAAACUCCACGGGUUGUGUAUGGAGUAAGAUAACAAUUGAUCCCAUUUUCAGAGACAUAUCCACAAUUACUUCUUGAUUGUAUCCAUUCAUGUCUUGCAUUCACACCAGUCGUCUGCCUCAUCGCACCAUGCCUCCGUGCACCUUCUCUGAGCAACAUUGCCCGACGAAACCCGCACAGGCUCUUCACUCCUCCCAAACCAACCUCCCGCCCCUUUCGGAGUGCAAACGUGGAAAAACUACUUCUUUUAGAAUCCAAUCAAAUACGAGUUUGGCAUUCCACAUAAAGAUGGGCGCUGAAAUGAACCAAUGCAACCACAGAAGGGCGGAUCUUUACCGAAAGACCGCCCCUGCCCCGAGCCCCUGUUCGAUCACCUUGGAAACCCCGUGUUAUGGUUGUGUGUCAGUUUCGCUGGGUCCCGCGGUCGAUGCCGGCGAGGAGGGGGAUGGGCGCCACUGCAAAUGUUGAGGAUCUGAGAUAGAAUCACAGCCUUGUAACACAGAGAGCUGUACAUACCCCUUAUAAAUAUCUACUAUAAUUAAUACAAGAUUGCAUAAUAAAUGGGUUUAAGUGCUGGGGAUCUAACAUAGACAGUCGAUGGAAAUACUGUGCUCAGUGCAAGACUGGAUUUAAAACUUUAGCCCUUUGCGAAAGGGGCAUUAAGAAGUUUGCUGGGAAACCCUGGAGAGGGAGCUACAUUCCGGCUCACUGACACCAGGAAACACCGAGGUCGCACAUUGGGGCCUGUUUGUCUGUGCUCGACUUGAUGUGGGAAUAUUCCAAGGUUUACCGACAGUUCAAUUGGAUACCUAUUUUGAAUUGGAUCGAAAUGUCGCGCUAGGUCUCCCCAUGUCCGUGAGGUGCUGCGUGCGGCAUCGCGGCGCCCCACCUGAGGAGUGGUCUGUGGCUGCCACCCCAAGCCCCUGAUCCCACCCCUCUUCCUCCUCCUCCUCCCCUCCCCCUCCUCUCCCUCUCUCCCUUUCCCUCCCCCACUCCUCCUCCUCCUCCCCACCCCUCCCCUCCCCCUUUCCCCCCGCUCCCCACGCGACGCUGUGCCGGACGUCAUGAGCAUAGCAAUCGCACUGGGAGUCACCACACCUGAGACGUCCUACGCAGACAUGGCUGCCGGAUCAGACCCUGAGUCAGUUGAAGCAAGCCCUGCCGUGAACGAGAAGACUUACUCCAACCACAGUUGUGGCACCGUUCAGACCCAUGGCUACCGCGGACUUCCCUACGCUAUGCAACAGUCUUCCGUUGUGUGUUGUCAGGAUCACAACUACGGAGCCCCACCCCCUCCCACCCCUCCCGCCUCCCCACUCUCCCAGACCAUCAUCCCCCGCCUGGAGCUCAAUGGCGUGGCCCGCGGCCGCUACCACUCCCCCCACGGCGGCCACCCGGCGGCGACUCACGCCAACGCCCACCACCACGCCCACGGCCAUCCCAACCAUGGCCACGCCCACCCACACGGCCACGGCGGCCGGCCCGAGCAGGAGCACUCGGCCGACAGCGAGACCUCGUCAGACGAGGAAGACGAGGAGGACGACGGCAGUGUGCCCAUCUCCUGGUGCCGCUGCAGCCCCGGCGGAUUCAUCAUGUGCGAGUACUGCAGGGGUCUGGAGAGGAGAAAAGCUUUGGAUGGGCAGCGCAGGAAAGCUGAGAAUGUCUCGGUUGGGGAGAGCAGUGGCACGGAGAGCGGUGACGAGGAGGUGUCCCCGUCCACGGUGUCGUACACGGCGACGCAGCACACGCCCACCAGCAUCACGCUGACCGUCAACCGCGUCAAGCGCAGCAAGGGCAAGAAGAGGAAGAAGAGCACCGAGAAGAGCCGCACCACGCCCAAGACCAAGAAGGUCAAGGCGUUCAGAGAAGGCUCAAGGAAAUCCAUGCGGAUGAAGAACUCCACGACGGACACGGUGGCGGCGCUGGACGAGAACACUGCGGAGGGCUGGGAGACGCGCAUCCGCCAGUGGACGGAGCAGUACGAGGAGGCGCUGGUCAACCAGUACAGCGCUGACGUGCAGACGCUGCUCACGCUGCAGCUGGCCAAGCCCAGCUCCCCCUCCAGCGCACCCUCGCCAGACGCCAUCAACCGCACGGAGCUCGCCUGCAACAACACCGUGCUCAGCUCGCAGAUGCAGCUGCAGGUGGGUCGAGUGACGCGGGUGCAGAAGCACCGGAAGAUUCUGCGGGCGGCGCGGGACCUGGAGCCCGACGCGCUCAUCAUCGAGUACCGGGGCAAGGUCAUGCUCAAGCAGCAGUUCGAGGUCAACGGACAGUUCUUCAAAAAGCCCUACCCGUUCGUGCUCUUCUACUCCAAGUUUAACGAGGUGGAGAUGUGCGUGGACGCCCGCACCUUUGGCAACGAUGCACGCUUCAUCAGGAGGUCCUGUACACCCAACGCUGAGGUGCGGCACGUAAUCUCGGAGGGCAUGAUCCACCUCUGCAUCUACGCCGUGGCUCAGAUCACCAAGGACUCAGAGGUCACCAUCGGCUUUGACUACGAGUUCAGCAGCUGUAACUACAAGGUGGACUGUGCCUGCCAGAAGGGCAACCAGAACUGCCCCGUGCAGAAGCACAACAGCCUCAGCCCGGACAUGCUGCGGCCCACGCCAUCCUCCAGCCCCGCGGUGCCCUCGCUCCCUGGCGCCGAAACCCGCCGCAGACGCGCCCGCCGACAGCAGAUGGAGGUGGGAGGACCACCCGGGACGGCGGGUUCGGACGACAGCAACCAGCAGCCCAAUGGGGACGCUCAGGACCGCGAGCAUGGAGCGAGCGACGCUGAGGAUGACCUGUUGGACGGCUUGAAGGCAGAGGAAGGAGAGGAGGGGGAGCUGGAUGACAACGGAGUCCUCAUAUCAAGCAGACGGUCCCAGGAUGGCUAUGAUCUGCUGGACAGGCGGAGGAGGCGAGUGGGCCAGGGGGCAGCUGACGACCUGAAGCAGGAGCCCGGCGGCCUGGAGGAGGGAGAGGUGACGGGCCUGUCCCCCUCGGCUGCCAACCCCUUACCCGGCAUGGGCAGCACCACGGCAGGGGUCAGCACCCGCCGUGCCUCCUAUGCUACGGAGGUCCCCGUGGAAGCUGGGGACGUCAAGCCCAUGGCGGCUCCUGUCACCACCCCCAAGCCCCCUCCGGCCCCGCGCACCUCCAAGCCGCGGCCCAAGAGCCGCAUCUCGCGCUACCGCUCCGGGUCCGCCCAGCGGGCGCGGCGUCAGCGGCAGGCCCUGGCACAGCAGGCGGCCGAGGCGGCUGCAGCAGCGGCGGCGGCAGCAGCAGGGGAGGACGGCGCGGUGGGACCCUACCAGGGAGAGAUGGGCCUGGGAGAGGGGGCCUACGGUGCAGGUCUGGCCCACGACGGAGACGGAUACGGGCCGGCUGGAGCCGGGGGACUGGGGAGCAAGGGCAACAUGCGCUACCCCAAGACCAAGAAGUACCUAGUGACGGAGUGGCUGAACGACAAGGUCCCUGGUGGCGGUGGUGCUGGGCUGGAGGCGGAGGUGGAGCGACCGCUGCGCAUCAGCACGGACCCCACGGUGCUGGCCACCACGCUCAACAUGCUGCCGGGCCUCAGCCACAACUCCCUCAUCUGCACCGCGCCCAAACACUACGUGCGCUUCGGCUCGCCCUUCACGCCCGAGAGGAGACGCAGACCGUCCGAUGUGGACGCAUCCUACGGAUCAUGCAAGAAGAGGUGGAUCAAGCAGGCCCUGGACGAGAGCAAGAGCCAAUGCGGGGGGGACGCGGCCGCAUCCGGUUCUUCAAGCCAAAAGUCGAGCACGGCUCCGUUCAAGAAGCGCAAGUCCAAGUACGCCCCCGAGCUGCUUCUCCUGGGCUCCCCGCCCGGCAGCAGUGGUAGCGGAGGAGGAGGAGAUCUGCUGGUGCGGCCCCUCUCCCCCAUCACACCCCCGCCCCCCUCCUCCUCCUCCUCGCGGCCCCACCUCACCACCUCCUGCGCCCUGUACCUGGGGGCCGAGGACGAGCGCCUCAACGGCGGCAGCGGCUCGCUAGGGGGCGCCACCAUCAGCAUGCCCUACUCGCCCCUCACCUCGCUGCCCACCAGCCGCUGCAACACGCCGCUGCAAUUUGAGAACAUCUCGUCCCCCGAGGCUUCUCCUGUACACCGGCCAGAAUCGCUCUCUCCUGAGCCGUGCCUGCGACCGGACUUUGACGCGGUUCGGAACGCCACCUUCCCCGACCUCUCCAUGACCUCCAGCCUGGACAGCCCGAUCCCGCCGCCCUGCGACGUCGACUUCCCCGCCGUGUCCCCGUCGCCCCUCAGCCUCUCUGGCGGCAACACGCCCCUCCCCCUCACGCCCGCCUCGGCCACGGGCGGCGACUCGGCGGCGCCGGCAGGCUGCACGCGCUCCGGCUCGACCUCAAGCGAGGCCCAGGCUCGAGAGCAGGCCUUCAGGACAGAGUUCAACCUCAUCUACGCCUGCUCGCCGCUCAACGCCAACUUGGGGGGAGCCGGCGGCGGUGGGGGGGAGGGCCCGCUAGGUGCCCGCGGGGGAGCGGGAGGAGGAAGCCUGAUCGACAGACGCCACUCCAUGUCGGAGGGCAGCUACUCGCCAGCGGAUUCCUACUUUGGCAGCGGCAGCGGUGGUGGUGGUGCGAGCGGCCAGGGGCUUCUGUCGGAGGCGGGAGCAGCAGGGUCGCUCUCGCCCUAUCCGGAGCCACAUUACGGGGGCGGGUACCCAGACAGUGGCACGCCGCCCCACCCCAGCAACCCUCCCCAGAAGAAGAAGAGGGCGAACGUGACCAUCCUUAGUCAUCAUGCAGGCAGUGUGCCUGGUUACCAGUCUCUGGCAAUAAGAGGCCAGUGCAAGCCCAUGCACAAUAUGGUGUCGCUGCUGGAAUAUCGCAAGCGGAAGCAGGGAGGCACCCGGGAGGCCGGAGAGUGCGGAGGCUCUGUGGGAGGCGGCACGCCUACGCGUCCCGGCUCGCUGUGCCCGAGUGCAGAGUCUCCCGCCGGGCUACGCACGCUGCUGCAGCACCCCGCCUCCCCCUCCCCCUCUCCACACAGCCACAGCCACGGCUCCUUCUCGUCACCCUCGCCGGCGCACCACCAGGCCUUCCCCCCCAUGGAGGAGGUUAGCCCCCCGUUGGACGCCAGGGACGCGGCAGGCCCCCGCACACAGGAAGCACCCUCCUGGAUGGUGCCCACCACAGUGGAGCGUCUGCGUGAGGGUCAGGGAGUGCUGGAGAGGGUGCUGAGGGGCAGCCUCAAAAUAGAGCGCGCCCUCAAGAGGUCAGAGCCCGGUGACCAUGGCAACCACAAAGACACAGACUCGUGUGAGAUGGACAGGUAUGACCUCAGUGCAGCGUCUCCGAUGAGGAGUCCACACCGCUACAGCCCGUCUGUCUAUCAGCACCAGCCUCAGCUGUCUGAGCCCCACCCGGCGUCGGACAACUCGGCGUCUCCCUUCCGCUCCUCGUACAGUCCCUCGCCGACGCCAUACCAACGGCCCCUCUCCCAGGAGCUCGCCCCCCACACCACCCCUCCUCCCCCCACCGCCUCCCUCCUAAACUCCUCCUCCUCUUCAUCCUCCCUCUCCUCCUCCCUCUCCUCCUCCUCCUCCGUCUCUUCACUGGACUCUUCUGUGAGCGGGACCUCCAGACCUCCAGGUGGCAGCACCCACCCUCAGAGCGGCGGCGGUGGCGGUGGUGGCAGUGGUGCAGUCCAUGAAGGCUUGCAGGCCCAGCCCUACUCCUCGAACAUCAGCAGCAGCGGCAGCAGCGUUGGUCACAGUCACCUGAAGGCCAGCCUGCUGAACAGCAGCAUUGGUGGGGGUGGGGGCCUGCCAUCGUCAGCCUCCUCCAGUCCACCAAUGUCCAGGGGCCAGCAGCAGCAGCAGUCCCACUCCAAGUCGGACAACAGCAGCAGCAGCAGCAGCGUUGGUAGUGGCGGCCUGCUCAGUGGGAAUGCGUCAUCCCGACUAGCGCAGCAGGGUUCGGGCCGAGGCCUCCAGGCGAGCUCCAGGCUCCUGGCUGCGGCCUCCUCCAACUCUCAGCCUCAUUACCCUCCGAGGGGAGCGCCAGCACUCAGCCAGUUCCAGCACCCACCGCUACAGGGCUCGGGCGUACGGACACAGACGGGGAGCUACUAAGGCCAGACAGACGGACGGACACGUGUGUGUGUGUGUGUGAGAAUUGUGUUUGUGUGUGUGUGUGUUUGAGAGAAUGUGUGUGAGUGUUGGGAAUCGGUGUGUGAAUGUGUGUGUGUGGCCCUCCUUAACAGCCUGUGGAGAGACUCUAGAGUUAAGGUUGGGGUUAUGUUAAAGGAGACUUUUUUUUGUUCCGUAAGUUUUUCCCCACCUUUUUUCCUCUUUUCACCAAAAAAGAAAAACUGAAUCACCACGAGCAUAUAUCUAGACGGACAUUCACAAUGACAUGACAUGAUCAUGGAGCUAAGGAAAACAGAAAUCAAGGAAUUGGGGGGGGGGGGGUAUUUUGGCGUCAUGUUGGAAAAAAGGAACUCUUUAAAGAAUAAUGUGUCAAUUUAUCCGUUUUGUUUAAAAAAAAGAUAAAAAAGGUAGACAGUAACCUUGUCUGUAUAAACUCCUGUGGUAAUCUGAACCUUUGCGCCUGUACCGUUUCGAGACUACGUUAAUCGCAGGUGCCGAAAACUCAAUAGAGGGGUCUGUUUGUGUGUGUGUGUGGUCCCCCCCCCCUUUUUUUUCCCUAUCUUUUUAUUUUACGUUUCCUGAACAUCCUCCACUUCCAGUCCCCUUCUCCAUUCCCUUAUCCAUUACUGAGACUCGUAGUCAAUUAUCUACAUCAUCUGGAGAACGGAAACAAGAAGAAAACCACAAUUUUAGAAAUAAAAGAAAAAAGAGACCAGUUGUUGAGAGAGCAAAAAGUGCCCUCAGAUCAUUCCAGUGUGCAUUGUUUUUGCAAGGUGGUUGAAGAAGGCUGUUUACUAUUCAUGAGGGAAUUUAAUUUGUUCUUAAGUGGUAAUGGUUGGGGACAGGGUUAGCUUUGGGCAAUGUAACAAAUGGUUUGGUUUACCAUUACGAAGUAGCGAUAACACUUUUAUCUUAAAAUCAAAAUUGGAUUAUUUGGCAUCCAACUUGUCACUUGGACCCCACUGUGUCUUGUCGUGUCGUGUCAUGUCGUGCGUUAUAUGGAGGCGGUGUGUCUCACAGUGAAACAACCUUGGACGAAUUACCUCUCCUCAUGUAUAGAGAAAUGGAGAAGAGCCUACAACAACCACCCAGCAAAAAAUAAUCGCUUCCAGUUUUGUUCUCCAAGGAGGUAUACCAAGAAAAAUAUUGAAGUGAUUAACCAGGCUGACCUACAGGAAGUGGUAAACCUGCUAAUAGAUAUACCUGCAGACAUCAUUUAGUUGAGAACAUGAGGACUCCAGGCUCUUCUAUUAGGUGAUUUACCGCUACCACAAGGAUAACUGAACCUGGUUUACUACUCUGCCAGCUUCUUAGUAAUACAAACCCCCCGGAUGAACGUGCGUGUCUCCUUCCUUCUCCCUUCCCCUCAUACAACUUUUUCUUUUCCAGAAUGACACUGGAGUCCGAUUUUUUUUUCUCUUUUUGAUACCUUUUGUGUUGUUUUCUUUUUAUUUCCCCCUCCAGGUAACUCAUGUUUUAUUUGUAGCAAGUCUAGAAUUGCUUUGUUAUACUUGACAAACACACACACACAUGCACACACACACUUACACACACAUAUUACACACAUCUAAUUAAUCCAUGGUGCUGCAGCUAUCUCUGGGUUUUAAAAAAAGUUUGUUUUCCUUCUUGGAAUUUUUAUUUUCUUAGUGUCUGUCUUCGAGUUUUGUGAGACUUCAGCUGAUGCUCUGGUGUUAGACCGGACCUCAAAAAGAAAAAGAAAAAAAGAGGAAAAGGUUCGUUUUGGAAUCUGAAGCGGAGGAGCAGUUUUGUCUUGGCUUGCUGGGAGGCUGUGACAAAAGAACUGUAGUGCACUGCUUUCCCGAGGUUUGGUUCUGCUCUCACCCGCCACCAUGGGGCAUCCCCAUCCCCAUCACCAUCCCACAAUGCACAUCUCUCCCCCCCUCCCCCGUCACAUCAGUGUUCCUGUGUCUGUUUGUUUGGGGACAUCAAGCAUCACGUAGAGUUCUAUCCCCACCCCCCUACCCUCACUCCCCACCAAUCUGUGCAUUCCAUACAUCUGACUUCAGAAAAAGAAGAAGAAGAAGAAGAAAAAAACACGCAAAAAACAACCGUGGACAUUUUGAACUAAAUGUUAAGGAAGCUGCUGUGCUCUCAAUUGUACAUUUUUUUCCUUUCUUUUGAUUUUUUUUUUGUCUUUGUUUAGUUUUUCUUUUUUUUAAGAAAAAAAAGAAAGAAAUGCAAGUGCUGCUUGUAGUUAUUUCCGUUUGUACAGAAAUGCUGUACCAGUCCCUUGCUUUACGGUGAGAGGGUGGGCUUGUUUGCUGUCCACCUGAACAGGUAAAGAGUACAGACGGGAGCUCUCUCUCUCUCUCUCUCUCUCUCUCUCUCUCUCUCUCUCUCUCCAACAGCAAGUUCAUGUGAUGUGCCAUUUCCAACUGCAUUGCGGAUGGGGUUAAAAAGAAUAAAGAGGGGGGGAAAAACAAUGUGCCGUUGUUUAAGACUAAAUGGACAAAGCCCUUGACUCCCCUUCCACCACCAGAGAAACUGACCUGUUGUGGAAACCAGACACAGGCCGGAGAACCGCUGUAGAAUCCCCUGGAGAUGGGACUGGACUUAUUGCAGGAAGAAAACUAUUUUUGUGUUUCUUUGUUCACCGUUCUUUGGUUCUUGGAUACGUUUGAGGAUCCCCUUGCCCCCCUUAUCAAGAUUUUGUUGUUGUUUGGGAGGGUGUGGAGGACAUGGGGCAACAACAUGAUGACAGGACAGACUGGAUCUUUAUUGCCUGCCCCUCCCCUCCCUUCCCUUCCCUUCCCUUCCCUUCUCGCCCAGUGACCUAAAAGACUGAAUGGGUACUCACUGGUUAACAUGAAUGUCUCUCUUUCACAAAACACUUUUAAGUAACAACGAAACGCGUAUUGAAAAUGUGGGACUUUUGUGACGCGUGAGGAUAUUACAAGAAAAAUAACUUUAAAAAAAGAAAAGAAAAAAAGACAGACCAGCACCUUAAUGACAAGCAGAGCAAGAUCCCCAGAACGUAUGAUCAUCAUGUGUACUUGUAUAAAAGAAAAACAAACGUGUUAUAUACUGUUCCAAGAAAAUAUAGUACACUAAAUUUGCCGCAUGAUUAGUUUUCUUUUCACCUCGUCUUGUUCUGUUGGGGGUGGGGUUGGGGAAACAUAAUGACUUGUGUCAUAGGCUGAAACCGCGACGGCCUGGUUUAUUAGACAUACCCCGUUUUAUCCAGUCACUCUUAAAACUGGACAAAUGAUUUCCUUUUGUCUUUUUUUGUUUUGUUUUUUUGUUAAUUGUUUCUUUUAUUUUUCAAAAGAGAUUGAGAUUUUUUUUUUUUUUUCAAACACAGACCAUAGUAAUAACUAUUUGGUAUCUAUUCCCAUACCACAUCACAGUACUGAACAGAUGAGCUGUAUCAAUGCAUUUUGAUAAUAAAAUACUCAUGAUGACAAAAUUUUAGUUUUCAAA